AAGCACUUAUUUCAAGGCUAUCAGAAAUGGGUCCGCCCCGUGCAAAACUCCAAUGACACCAUCAAAGUCCGUUUUGGAUUAAAGAUAUCACAGCUUGUGGAUGUGGAUGAGAAGAAUCAGCUGAUGACAACCAAUGUAUGGCUGAAGCAGGUAAAUUAGACCAAAUGAGACCUCCUCCUCAGUGUGUGGCUGCUGAGCCAAGUGGCCACCCCAGCCUGCUGCCCAUUGCACCAUCCAUCCCCUUUUGUGAUGCCAGCUGGUCAGAAAAAAUGCAGCACCAUGUUACCUUGCCUCAAGUUUUUAUUUUACUCCUCUCACUUCAGCAAAUGCAUAAAGGAGCAGAAUGGCAGGCAGGUGAGCCUUUAGGAAACAGAAUAUCCUCUUCUCCUGGCCUGCAAGCCAGCAGUGUCCUCAAGUCAUCUGUAUUUCAGGGAAGCAACAUCUCCUGACACUGCAGUGGGUGCCCCUGAGAUGCUGUGUAUGCCCUAAGGGACUGUGCUCUCUCAGACUUAGAGGUCAUGCAAGUACUGUCUCUCUUGCCCAAGAUAAGAACGGUGCCUCAGAUAGAUUUCAUCUUCAGCAUAAGUAAAGAGAAAAAAAAGGCCAGCAUGUCACUCCACAAACAAAAUUAAAAUCUGUGGCAAAUUAAUUAGAUCUCUCUAACAUCAUUGCUUCUAGAAGUGACAAUAAUUUAUACAAAUGGUGGAAAGGUGAAAGUUGAACUGUUCUUCACUGAACUUUCUUCUUCACUCAUGAAGAGCACUGCAUUUGGUUUAGAUUACAUUGCAUCAGUUUACUGACCUUGUGACAAUUAUUUUAAGUCUGUCAGCCACAUGAGGAUCUAUAAAUAUGUCAGCUGAUCCUAGGCAGAGGACAUAAAACGCAAGCCGUACUUGAAAUUAUUACCAUGGGAAGUAGUUCCCAGGGGUCACUGGGCUGGUGGAGGAGAAACGUGGCUCAGUAUUUGUUCUCAGUCUGAUACCUGUAGUGCUGCAGUGUGUGUGAGCUUCUGGGUAGAGCAGAAAACCCUAAAGACUGUAUGAACACUAUAUGUAAACCUGGUCUCUCCCUUGAAGACGAAGAAGAUCUGUCUUCACUUGCCCUCACUGCAGGGAAGACGUGAAUUUCCCCUUUUGCUGCGGAAAUUCACCACUGAUUUGAAUCCAGCUGCUGAGACUGCCCUGAAAGAGCUCUGGUGUUAUAUUUUUUCUACCUUCAGCUCCAAUUGCAGAGUCCCUUGUGUACACAGGGCCAGAUCUUGGCUUCCUUAUUCUGUCUGAGUAGCCACUUGGGCAGACAGCAGAGCCUUCCUGCAAAGGUAACUCCUUGACCCCUGUCUGUCUUCUCCUUAUUCCCACCUUCUUUCCUUGGAGGCUGCAGCACCCACCCUGCCUGCAGGCCCAGGCCCUGCAGUCUGCAGGUGUGAAAUCAACUCGCUUUACCCUCCUCAUUCUCUCUGUUCCUGCAAGUGUCCCCAGAAAGAUUUUACUGGUCCUACAGCCUUUGACAGAGUAUUCCUGGGUCUGACUGUCUCCUUCUUAGGGAAAUUUUGGCUGCUUGCUCCAUUCAGGACAGCAAAAAAAAAAUGCCCUGGGGCAGCCUUCAUCCUGCUGGCUGGGUGACAACUUCACCCAGGUUACAGUGACUGUAGAAGAGACAGACCUGACUCACCCUAGCAAGCCAAAUAAAAUCCUGGGCUGCCCAAGGACAUUAGGCCUGAGAUGCUAAUGCAGACAGACAUCUAUCAAUCCUCUUUCCACUGCUGCAUGAAGCUAUGUGGGGACAUUCUGGGUUAGCCCAUCCCUGCUUAGCACCCUGUUUGUGUGCGGCAUUGACCUCCCCAGAGUCAUAGCCUGAAGCCUGUGUCACCACUCCUCCUAUGGGAAAUGAGGUUCUGCAGGUUGCUCCAAACAUGCUGCAGGAGGUAGGGACAUGCCACCAUCCACUUACUACCUCUUGGAUGUGAGGGAGGAUGACAGGGAAGGCACUUUUUCUGGUCCUUCUGCCUCAUGCUGUGGCUAAAAGAAGGACUUACUCAAGAGUCUGUACUGCAGACAUGCUGAUUUUGCUGGAGGUGCAGGCUCUGAUUUUCACGCAUCCAAAUGCCCCAGGAGGACUGGCUGAUCACCAAAUACCUGUAGCCUGACCCAUGUGUCCUGCUUGGGGCAUCAUGCAUUCUAGUUGGCUUAGUGUGAAAUGGUUCCACAUGCAAUCCAGUACUUGGGGAAUUAUUAGAGUGCAUAAGCACAACAUCUAGGAAAAGGUCCAUAAAACUAAACAGAAUUAAAAUAAUUUUUAAUUUUGGAUAGGGAAAAGUGAAAAACACUAAACCAAACCGGAACUUUCUAAUGACACAGACCCUAUCAUUCUUCAGGAAGUAGGGAGGGCAGGGAAGUGUCAUCCUCACCCAGGUGUUUGAGGUUCAGUCAUCGUUUCUCUGCAAGAGUCUGGCUUUUCUUAGGUGAGCAAAGCUUAAAUCCAAGUGUUUUUUUUUUUUUUUUUUUUUGUCGGUUUGGUUGGUUUGUUUGGUUGGUUUGUUUGUUUUUUGUGGUUUUUUUGUUUGUUUUUGGGGGGGUUGUGGUUUUGUGGUUUUGUUUGUUUGUUUGUUUGCUUUGUUUUGUUUUGUUUGUUUGUUUGUUCAUUUUUUGUUUGGGUUGGUUGGUUCGUUAGUGUUUUUACCUCAAAUAUUCAGAUAUUCAAGAUGAUGGGAUUUGAUGAUUUUCAUGCAGGCAGGCACAAUGUGCAUAGUUAAUGAGAAAGUAUCUGGGUUUGGGCAAGCUAUGGAGUCUGCUGGCAAGUGUUGAGAAUCUGGCUUCAGUGUUUUUUGGUCCACUUGCUGUGUGUUAAGCACUUGAGUGACAGCCCAGAAAUGGGAACUUGGCAGAACUAGAGGAAGAGGAUUGGGAGGUCUGUAGCAGCUUGGAAGGGAGAAGAGAGGAAAGAGCCCUUCCCAUCUGCUGCUACCAUUCAUGUCAGCAUAGCCCAUAGGGAGAUUCCUGUUUUAAACUGCUCGUCUUCAAAGUCUGCAUACAAUAUAUUUUCUGCUCCAGUAAGAAGAUGAUACACAGCCACUUGCCUUGCAGACAUGAAAGAGCACUUUAGCUAGGAGAGAAAUCAAUGCAGGGCAGGGUGGAGGGAGGAAUAUUGCAGAUGGAGCAAAUAACCUAGGCCAAGGGCCUGCUCUAACUCAACUCCAGAGUGAUGAUUAUAUUUCUAGGUGGCCCACGGGGUAUUUGAUUCUGUUAUGUUAGUGCAGGCUAUGAGCUGACUAUGUUGGCUGCUGCUGUCAGACUGUCUUCAUGUAUAACACAUAUGUUUCCAGCCUAAGCUCCCUUUUGCCUAUUACAGGAGAUGUCCAGGACACAUGUGAGUCUGUGUCUACCUAACAGUUCAGGCUGGUGGAAACAACCCAUUCACCGACAAAAGUUCACAAUAAAAGUGGUGUUCUCUGCCCCUGCUGCUGAGGCUAAGAGCAGGAAUAACCCCUCUUUUUCCACACCUGAACAGCUCCCAUCCCUCCUUUAGCAGCAGGAGCCUGGGGUGGAGGGCUGGGCCUGACAGCUGAUGCCAGCCACUUCUGCAGUUCAGGGAGUGGGUUCUUAUCUCUUCUGGUGCAGGUAGUGGGGCCAUUAAUCCUGCCAUGGUACCACCCUGGGCAACUGUUUUCUCUGCUUAUGCCUUGGGACAGAUCUUAGGAGGGGUCUACCAGCCAUCUGCCUAUGACUUUGGGCCCCAUCCCUUUCCUUCACCUUUAGGAGGGAGGUGCUUGUUCUUACUGUCUGUGUUUAGGUCUCUACUGCAGCUCUGGCUUGCUGUCACACUGUAAAGGACUGCAAUAACAAAUGUCUGUAGGUAUAGCUGUGAAAAGCACAUGGAAUUCAAGAAAUAAGAGGGGAGCACCACGGUAGGAGAAGUAGAGAAUAUAACUUUUUUGUUUGCCCUUAAGUCAUGGAGGAAAUUGCCAAGAGAAGCCCGAGGCCUCCAUAUCCCUGAGGAGCUCUUAGUGCAGGAGUUUAAUGGAAAGUGAUUAAUCUUCCACUUCUCGGUAUUGACCACAGUCUACAGCUCUUGCUUCCUUUCACUGCUGUUCUUGUGGGCAAAUGAAAACUUCCAUCAUAAUGGACGGGCAUCAGACAGCUGCUUUUCCACUGCAUCUCUGUGGAAAUAUCCAGGUUGCUAGAGCCACUUUGCCACAAUCUCCCUAUCUGAAAAACACAAAGAAGAGAAAAAAAAUAUUCUGCACUCCCACAUGAUGAAAAUGGACAGGACUCCCCCUACUUUUGCUUUUUUCAGGAUUGUAACCAAAUGCUUUACAAUGGUGUCAUACUAUUUUUCCUGCAAUAGUGUGCAGGUCUUUCUGAUGAAAGAAAAAUAUGUUGGUUUGCAAGGACAGUGUACAGAUAUUAGGUGCUGUAUUCUGCUCACUGAAAAAAAGCCAGGUCUCCACUGAAAAGAAAUUAAAGGCCACCUCUCUGUCACUUGGGUAGUAGUAGCCAUGCCAGCUGGCUCCUCUAUGGGGUCAGUGCCAGCCAAAACUGCUGUGGGCUGGUUCUCAGAGGGAAGAACAGAUGCCAUACCCAAGGGAAAGCAGCUCCUUCCUUCUGGACUACCCUCAGGUGGGCUGGGCAGGGUGGUGUAAAAUGAGAGUCAAGUGCUCUCCAGAAAUGCCUGCCUUGAGGUUGCCUGCAAAAGGACAGAUCACUGGGGCACUCAUGUGGAUGGAGGGGCAGUGCUCAUGGGGGUUAGCAUCUCCCAGCCAUGAUUGUCUGGAAUCCUCUCUGCAGCUGAGCAGUCCUACACCAAGCUCUGUCUAUUGUGCUGUGCAAUGCAGUCCCUCUGAGGUAGGUGGUGGGAGAAGGAAUGAGGCUGUUGUGUAUAAGUGGUCAGAGGAUUCUGCUGGCUUGUUACAGGAAUGGACUGACCACAAGCUCUCCUGGAAUCCAGAUGAAUAUGGUGGGAUCACUGCCAUCCGUGUCCCCUCUGAAUCCUUGUGGCUUCCUGACAUUGUUUUGUUUGAAAAUGCUGAUGGACGUUUUGAAGGAUCCCUGAUGACCAAAGUCAUAGUGAAGUACAACGGAGUGGUGACCUGGAUGCCACCAGCCAGUUAUAAGAGCUCCUGCACGAUGGAUGUGACCUUCUUCCCUUUUGACAGGCAGAACUGCUCCAUGAAAUUUGGGUCGUGGACAUAUGAUGGCAAUAUGGUGGACUUGAUUUUAGCGGAUGAAAAUGUAGACAGAAAAGACUUCUUUGAUAAUGGGGAGUGGGAGAUCUUAAAUGCCAAAGGUAUGAAAGGCAACAGGAAGGAUGGGCUGUACUCUUACCCAUUUGUCACUUACUCAUUUGUGUUGAGACGCCUUCCACUCUUUUACACUCUUUUCUUAAUAAUCCCUUGCCUGGGAUUGUCUUUUCUAACUGUCCUGGUGUUUUACCUGCCUUCAGAUGAAGGAGAAAAGCUUUCAUUGUCGACAUCAGUUCUAGUCUCCCUCACUGUUUUCCUUUUAGUGAUUGAGGAAAUAAUCCCUUCUUCUUCCAAAGUCAUCCCUCUGAUCGGUGAGUAUCUGCUGUUCAUCAUGAUUUUUGUGACCCUUUCUAUUAUUGUGACUGUUUUUGUUAUCAACGUCCACCACCGCUCCUCAGCAACUUACCAUCCCAUGGCUCCCUGGGUUAAAAGACUCUUCCUUCAGAAGUUGCCUCAGCUACUUUGCAUGAAGGGCCAUAUAGAUCGUUACUCCUUCUCAGAGACUGAAGAAAAGAAAACUACCUUGAAAUCAAAGCUGCUGGGGAAGCAGAAACACAAGCAAGCAAAAGAAGGAGAGAAAAUCGUUAUUGCCUUCCUGGAAAAGGCAGCUGACUCCAUUCGAUACAUUUCCAAGCAUGUUAAAAAGGAGCAUUUCAUCAGACAGGUCGUCCAAGACUGGAAAUUUGUAGCUCAAGUCCUGGAUCGGAUCUUCCUGUGGUUAUUUCUGGUGGUGUCUGUGACGGGUUCAGUUCUCAUCUUUACCCCUGCAUUACAGAUGUGGCUGAACAGCACUUUGUAGAAAAUGCUCCCAUGUUAGCACACAAGUAGUACAAUGCCAAGGAAUGGUGGUGUCUUUGAGCUUGGCCUCUGUUUUACAGGAUGGGAAGCAACAGCAAGAACAAGAGAGGGCAUUGACUAGUGCUUUCUAUCUUCAUACGACCCUACAAGUUGGAGAUUUGGUGGAGAUCAGGGGGGCUUGGUGAACAGCUGAGACCUAAAGUGAAUUGGGCUGACAAUUGGCUUAUAAGUAUUUUAUUAGUAGCUUGAUUAUAUACAAUAAAAGUUAAUAUUAGUAGUUAAAAUUGGAAAUAGUACUUCCAGUGCAAUGAUUAUACUUAGAAGGUAGAUCUGUCAGUUAAAAUGAUACUUUACAAAUGAAAUUAUACUAAGAACACAUAUUAGUACUCAGUUUAGCUACAUUUCCAGGUAAAAAUCACAGAGUCUCUACAGAUCACUUUGUGCAUGUGUCAGAACAAACAAUUGCACAGCAUGUGCAUCAGAAAAAGUACAAAUACCUUUCAGGUGCGGUUUUUGAAACCUUGACUCUGUGGCUUCACCUGGCUGCAGGAUCAGCUCAACAGUGGCAGAGUUUACCACUUUGCCCACCUACUACCAGCCUUGAUAGCAUGCACACUUCAUCUCUCCUCUUGGCCAUCAGGAAGCCACAAAGGUGUUACCGACUUUUCAGUAUUAUUUGCAACUUGCCUGCUGCUCUAUAAUAAGCCAAAAGGCUGAACAAGCAAGGAUUUUCCUCAUGCUCUGCAUUUAGAAACUAUGAUUCCUGUACCAGCUUGUUCACAAGUGGAAGGUCACCUGAAGCGUAUCACAUGGAGAAAGGUGACUCUACGCUACUCCACAAGGCAAUAGUGAUCUUCCUAAACAGUUCAGUUGGAGGGAAGCUGCAGACACAGUUUUUGGGAAACAAAACUUGUGGCUGGUGCAGAAGUGGAGUUCCUCCUGAGAGUUGUGGAGUGGGCUGGCUACCAGGAAGGUAUAUCUUCCAUUGUUGGCUUGUUCAUGUUUCCCAGGCAAUUCAGAAUUUCAUUAGUUUAAUUCCUUUAAAUGUGAUCCUUCUGCAUGAUUAGAAACAGCUCGUAGAUGUGACCUGACAGAAAACAUACAGGUGAAGCUCUCAUCACUUUUGCUGGGCCAGUGUUUUACCAAUAUGGAGCGCUUUAGAAAAUCCCAUUCAGAACUUGUAGGUGUUUUCAAGGUUAGCAGAGGAUUUGGAGAUCAAAUUUUUAACAACCUGAAUGUUAAUCUGGUGUUAAAACUUUAGCUAACCUUGAAACUUUCUCCCUAGGGAUGGAGGUUAGAAGGUGUUAAAAAGACACAGAGGUAUUCUGAUGCUUAGAUUAUGUGUGCACACCAGACCUAUGUUAGUAUCAUCCCAUCUUGUUGUGUCACUGCAGAAAGUUCUGUUCACUUGUGCAAUCAUUAUUAAUAAAGAUGUAUUUAGUAAAUUA